AUGUUUCUUGUAGGCGUAUCUAGUGAUUCGCGUCACAAGUGCUAUGACAUUGGCGAUAGCCGCAAGCAGUAUCGUAAGAAAAUGCAUUCCGACCAUGGCCGUCAGCCGCAGCGGCUACGAAACGAGAGGUACGAGGCCCACUACGGUGUCAAGAUCGGCGUCAAGAAGAAUGCCGAGGAGGUUGAGGAAGAAGAAUUGGUGAAGAAGUCGAGCCACGUGCUGUGUAAUCUUGCGAAGCGGCAACGAACACGAAAGCUUGACUCGAAGAUUGACGAUCAGUGCGACAGCGACAUCCUGGAAGGCAAAGAGCUCGAGUCUUACCAACGUCAACUCGCCACGAAGAAGCCGAAGAAGUAA